AUGCCAUUGAAUUUACUGAAACACAAAAGCUGGAAUGUAUACAGCGAAAAAAAUGUAGAGCGUGUUCGCCGUGACGAAGAGUUGGCUCGAAUUUCGGACGGACAACUAGCUAAGCGGGACUCGGAAAACAAACUUCGAAGACUGAGAGGCUUGACGGAAUUGCCGGAUUUUAUGCCGGGACCAAAGGGCAAAUUUGCAAAUUUUUGGGAGCAAGAGGAGAAAAGAGAACAUGAUCGUCAGGAGCUUUACAGAAAGCACGGACACGAGAUUGAAGUUAUGAAAGAAAAGCAUGGACUAGGACCUCUUCCAUGGUAUAUGCAACAGAACUCAGAAUCAACGGAAAAUUCGACAUCGACGACCAUAAAGAGAUCGGUCCGUGACGAUCCUAUGUCGCUUGUAAAUUCUCUUCUUACAGAGAAAAACGGUUUUGAUGAAAAAAAUAAAAAAGAAAAGGCAUACAAAAGAAAGGAAAGACACAAAUCUAAACGAAGUUCGCCGAAAGAGCAUGGAUCUCUAUCUCACAAGCACGGAAUUUCAAAAAGACGUCGGCACCAUGAAACAUAA